GCUCCUGAUUUGUCGCGUGCGAAGUUCUCUUCCGAUCGCCGUGUGUCCUUUCUACGCCCUUUCCAAACUUUCGUCGAAUUCGCCCCCUUCAUGCUUUCGUAACUGCGAUCGAGGGGGAGGAGGAAUCGAUUUGGCCGCAGGACGACGCUGAAGUCACUGCUCUUCGUGCAUCGGUCGUCGAGACCCCUGGGUGAAUUUCCGGUCCCUCGUAGCCGCGGCUGGAUCACAGGUAUCAAGGAUGUCUACUCCUGCAAGGAAAAGGCUGAUGAGAGACUUCAAACGGUUGCAGCAGGAUCCUCCAGCAGGUAUCAGCGGUGCUCCCCAUGAAAACAACAUCAUGCUAUGGAAUGCUGUAAUAUUUGGCUUGGUUUUGAACUGCAGCCCAGAUGAUACACCUUGGGAUGGAGGCACGUUUAAAUUGACACUUCAAUUUACAGAGGAUUAUCCAAAUAAGCCACCUUCUGUACGGUUUGUUUCUCGAAUGUUUCAUCCAAAUAUUUAUGCAGAUGGUAGCAUAUGCUUGGAUAUUUUGCAGAACCAGUGGAGCCCAAUAUAUGAUGUAGCUGCAAUUCUUACCUCCAUCCAGUCAUUGCUGUGUGAUCCAAAUCCCAACUCGCCUGCAAAUUCUGAGGCUGCGCGCUUGUUCAGUGAGAACAAGCGUGAAUACAACAGGAAAGUGCGUGAGAUCGUUGAACAAAGCUGGACGGCGGAUUGAUGAUGGAUUCAACUCCACUCCCUCUGGUAGAAAUGUUGCACGCAUUUAUGUUACAGAAACGAUUGCUUGUUUGCCUGAAUCUUCAUAAUCCAGCAGAAAAACUGGAAUAAUUUCCUUGGUUGAUGUUGACAACUACAUAUCUUUUUUCUUUUUUUUUUUUGGUGUGUAGACACAUUUGGCUUGCUCUUCUGUUAGACUGUGAAAUAGUUUAGAAGGUUGCAGCUGUA